AUGAAGACCGAGCCGGAGAGCUGCCCGAACAGCGAAGAUCUGUGGUCUUGCUUGGGCGCCAUCGAUCUCGACCGCCGCAACCUGCUUGUGUUCUGGGAAAGCUCGUGGCACUCGGCAGAUGAGUACGAUGCCCUCUGUACAGGCGGGAACCGAGGGUGGCUCGUCCAUGCGCGAGGCGACGACCAGCUGCUCAUCGCCUGGGAACCCACAAUCGAAAGCAAGUCAGUCCAGGCCUCUCCUCGCAGCCUUGUGUAUGAUCCUGUCAUAGAAGUCCGGAGAGACCGGCCUGGUCUGCUUGGGUACGUCGCGUCCAAGACCCUGCGCGGCUCUGGAAAAGCAAGAAGCCGUCGCCUUGCUUUCUUGGCCUACUGGAAGGUGGCCCCGAUGACCAGAGGGCUCUUUUUCUAUCUACAAAAAACCUUUUCCAGCCACAGAGGUUGCAUCGUGCACGCCGAGAAAGACAGAGUUUGGGUACAGUGGGAGCCGACAUGGGUGUUGUACGACGACCUGAGCGAGGUGAAGAAGAAGCAGCUCUUAAAAGAGCCAGCCAGCGCUCUCGAGAAUAUAUUCAACAGCCAUCUUGACGUUCGAGCCCCAGACUCCAAGUUCGCAGCCAUCUUUGAGCGCUUGAAAGCCAAAGAAGAGCUCUGGAUCGGCUACGAGCCGGGAAAAGAGUACUGCCCUAUUGCACGCCUGAACUUCAGCAAGUCAAGACAGUAUAAGCAGGGUGCUGUAGGCUACUAUUACAUCUUGAGAUACAAGUGUGGAGACCUGAGCAGAGACUUCUGGGUUGUUGCACACCAGACCUGUGUCAAGAGAGCCUGGCAUCGAUACCUUCGACAUCCACGCUCUGGCAGCUGCACGCAGAAAAUCAUAGCAACAAGCUUCUUCCACGCAGCAUACUUGGAGGAGGACGGUUGGUAUGCCGUAAGAGCAGUCAAUGGCAUUGGAAACUACGACAACUAUGUAACGAUAAGACAACUAUAA